CUCACAGGCUCCAGACCAGGCUAUCAACUUCUUAUUCUUUUCUGUGCGCCUUUCCUGGAUCUAAUCACUCUAAGUGCUGCCUCCUUCUCUAGAAUUCCUCUACCAUCUAGUCUUCCUCUCCACUCCUCCUGUCUUCACCCCUACCAUCAGCUUCCCGUGGAUUAUUGCUGAUUUUUCUGCCCCACAACUCCCCAGCCCCUUCCUCCAGGUCCAUCCAGCUCCCAGUUGACUCAUCGUUUCAUCUCCCCACAGCUUUGCUUUCCUCAUGCUACUUCCCCUUCAGAGACACGACAAGGGCUUGAGUCACAGAGCACAGUGUAUCAGAACUGGAAACUACUGCUCUGUUUUGGGUUGAAUCCUGUCCCCCCUCAAAAUGUGUGUUGGAAUCCUAACCCCUUGUCUUAGUUAUCUAAUGUUACUAUAACAGAAAUAUCACAAGUGGAUGGCUUUACAAACAGAAAUUUAUUCUCUUAUAGUCUAGUAAGCUAGAAGUCCAAAUUCAGGGUACCAACUCUAAGGCAAGGCCUUCUCUCUCCGUCGGCUCUGGAGGAAAGUCCUUGUCAUCAAUCCACCCCUGGUCUAGGAGCUUCUCAGUGCAGGAAGCUAGAGUCCAAAGGACAUCCUCCUUUCCUGGUUCUUCAUUUUUGGGAGCAUGAGGUCCCUCUGUCUCUCUGCUGGCUGCUCUUUUUUAUAUCUCAAAAGAGACUGACUCAAGAUAUAACCUAAUCUUGUAGAUUGAGUCCUGCCUCAUUAACAUAACUGCCUCUACUCCUGCCUAAUUAACCUCAUAGAGGUGGGAUUUUCAACACAUAGGAAAAUCACAUCAGAUGACAAAAUGGUGGACAAUCACACAAUACUGGGAAUCAGGGCCUAGCCAAGUUGACACAUAUUUUGGGGGACACAAUUCAUCCCUAACACCCCUAUACCUGUGGAUAUGACCCUAUUUGGAAAUAGAGUUUUCUUUGUUAUGUUAAUGAGGCUAUAUUGGCACAGGGUGUGUCAUAACCCUAACCCCUUCUAAGUUAUAAACCAAAAAACCAGCUGCCUUUGAAGCAACUCAGACUCAUGGUGGCCCCAAGUGUUUCAGAGUACAGCUGCUCCAUAGGGUUUUCAGGGCUGUGACCUUUUAAAAGCAGAUUGCCAGGCCUUUAUUCCAAGGUGCCUCUGGGUGAAUUUGAACCGCAAACCUUUCAGUUAGUAGUCAAUCACUUAACCUUUUAUGCCACCUAGGAAGACAAGCAUAAAGUCGGGGAAGAUAGCCAAGGAACCAAGGAACGCUGCGAUGACAGAAGCUUAAUGAGAAAAGGAUCUUCUGCCAGAGCUGACAGAGAGCCUCCCCUGCAGCCUCACAAAUUAUGAGAAAAUAAAUUUCUAUUCAUUAAGCCACCCACUUGUGGCAUUUCUGUUAUAGCAACACUAGGAAACUAAGACAUGGUCCAAACCCCUCAUUGUUUAGAAGGGAAACUGAGGCUCAAAGAGGGAAAGGCAUUUACCCAAGGUCCCCUGUCGAGUCUAGAAAUCCAAAUUUCAUUUGGCAUUCAAGGUGCGCUUCCUUCUAGCUCAGUCUGGCUCAUUUGCUCAUUUGUUUACUCAAUGUGUACUUUUUGAGCAUCUACCAUGUGGCAGGUACUAUUCUGGACACUAAAGACACAGCUGUGAACAAACAAGACAGGCAAAGAUUUCUGCCAACACAGAGGUCAGGACCUAGUGGCGUGGGGGAGGGAGAGACAGACAAUAAACACAACAAAUAAGUAAGUCAGAUAGUAGUUAGGCAAAAAGUGCUAAGGAAAUUUUAAAAUAAAGCCAGGCUAGGAAUAUGGGGAGGGAUACUUAGGUGGCGCAAAUCAUAAAUCACUCAAUUGCUAAGCAUAAAGUUGGGGGUUUGAACCCACCCAGAGCCACCUUGGAAGACAGCCCUGGCCAUCUGCUUCCAAAAGGGCACAGCCUUGAAACCAUGGAGCAGUGCUACUCUGAAACACAAGAGGUCACCAUGUUGGAAUUGACAGCAAGGCAACUAACAACAACAAGGAGUAUUGGGAGUGCACAAGGCAUGUGGGAUGGUGCAGUUUUCAACAGGGUUGUCAGAACAUGCUAUUUGAGUGCUUGAAGGAGGCGAGCGAGUUAACCGCGAGGAUACUGGGGGAAGAGAGUUUGGGGCAGAGGGAACAGCCAGAGCAGCUUAUGAAAACUCAUCUCCUCAAUACACACCCACCACCCUGGGCAAGAGUGAUAGGGACACUGGGCUGACUGUAGACUCCUUUCCUCUGAGAACCUGGUCCAGAGCCUAGUGUAAAGUCCUGAGGGUGGGCUGCAGAGAAGAGGAGAAUCAAGUAAGCCUCAUCCUCGGGCUCUCUGUACUGGGCCUCAGAGCAGGGGAAGUCCAGGAGUCCCUUAGCCACAGCCACACGUGGCUGCUUUGCCACCCAGCCUUGGCUUGGGGGCCAGAGUUUUGAAUCCUUGAGAAGGAGACCCUAAUAUAGCCUUCAUGCUCCAGCCUCACUACAUCAUUCCCCUAUCCCAGCAGGGCCCUGACCCUGCCUCGCCCAGCCCCCACUUGGGCUUCUUCAGUGGGACUGCCUGGAGCUCCCAGACUUUGAUGCAAUCUUCUUUCCUUGGCUUCUCUGACUCAGUGGCAACGGAAAUUUCCUCACCGGGUCCCAUCGGGUCCCUCAGACUGGAAGUAAAGUCCAGGCACCAAGACUGAGCCGAGCCCGACCUGAGGCCUCGCCACCCACCUCCUCACAGGAACGAAUGCCAACAAAAUGGGCACAGGAGGCUCCCUGGCACAUGCCUGGCCCUAGAAUCCACUGCUGCUGUCAGCGCCAUCCUUGAACUGAGCUAGCCUCAUUUUGGGGAUCUUGGGCUUUUCUUGUUCUUGCUCUGCCAUCCACUUUUGGGUUCAAAUCACCACUGGGAGUUCCUGACUGGGGACAUAAAGGGAGACAGAAAAGGAGUCAGAUAACUUGGUUUCCAAUUUCAACUCUGCCUCCUAUUAAAACACCUUAAGCAAGUUCCUUAAUCCCUCUGAGCCUCAGUGUUCUCAGCUGUAACAAACUGUGCUUUACAGAAUUUUGUGAGGUUGAAAGAAACAGCAUUAGUGAAAGCACCUAACCAGGUGUCUGGAACACAGUUGUAGUUUGUUGCUCUCAAGUUAAUUCCGACUCCUGGUGACCCCGUGUGUGUAGAGUAGAACUGCUCCAUAGUGUUUUCAAGGCUAUGACCUUUCAGAAGCAGAUUGCCAGGCCUGUCUUCCAAGGUACCUCUGGGUAGGUUCAAACUGCCAAACUUUCGGCUAGUAGUUGAGCACUUAACCAUUUGCACCACCCAGGAACUCCUAAACACUGGAUUCCUUCAUCUUUAAUGCCCAGCAACAUGAAACCUCCCUGAGGCCAGGAUCCUCCUGGUCACCUCUGUCCUAGGCCCCCAGCCGUAGGCUGUAUCCAGUUUAGGACCCAACAUUAAAUGUGCAAUACAGUUCCCUCUUCACACAACACUCCCAGGUGGCUUGUUAGCAUGAAAAGUAAAUUCCUGGUAGGGAAGUCAAAGAAAGCCUGAUAUGUAUUGGCAGGAAAGAUAUAAGUACUUUCACAUCACCCCCAGUGUGACCCACUCAUCUGGCUCUGUUCAGGUCUUUCCUGGUUUUAGUGACCUUGGCAGCAGUGUAUCUCUGGGAAAAAUAGGCCUAUGGCAAUUAGUUUUAAAUUGCUGAAGGAUCUCUCACAGCUGGUGAUGGAAACGAUGAUCAGUAGAAACUGCUCAUUUGUGCACACCCCCUCCCCACCCGUCUCUCAAGCAGCGCCCAGGGCACACACCCACCUACCAUACCUUAGAUAUGCCUCUGUCUUGGGCACCUUUGGGCGACCUUUGGGACUUGAAAACCCCAAAUCCUGGGAAACCCUUCAGUUGCAGGCAAACUGGGACAGUUGGUCACCCUAUUAACCACUUCUACUGCCCUCAGCCUAACACACUAGUGGCCUUUUCAGGCUCCUGCUCCCAUUAUCCAUUCUCAACAUCCUCGGAGAGGGAAGGAAAAGAAAAAAGUGGGAGAGGGAGGACAGUUUUCUCAGCCCAUUUUCUAGGUCUUAGAGUCCCUGGGUGAUGCAAAUGGUUAACAUGCUCAGCUGCUAACUUAAAGUUUAGAGGUUUGAGUCCGCCUAGAAGCACCUCGGAAGAAAGCCCUGGUGAUCCCCUUCUGAAAAGUUAGCCAUUGGAAACCCUAUGUGUUACUGGGUGGAAAUCCUAGGUUCUGCUCAGUGUGACUGGUCCCAGCCCAAAAAGGAGAGGCCGAGGUGGGAGACUGGAAAGGUGCCUUUAUUUAGUUGCUCAAAGAAAGGAACAUUUGGGGCUGCUGCCACCAAGACUGGGUGAGAGGAACUGUUACCUCAUCCAGGGUGAGAGGGAAUGUUACUUUUAUGGGGUUUACAAGCAGGAAGUUCAUACAAGUUACAACAGCAACACUCUUACACUGCGCAGGCACAAUAUAACUUCACGCAUUGCCUGUUCAGAAAAUGGCAGUUAAACUCCACCCAGAGGCAGGGGAGUUACUAUGUGUGAGGUACUUAAUGAGCUCAAAGGUUAUCCAGAACGUCAACAUGGUGCCUAAACUGGUUUCUGCCGAUUUCCUCUAGUUUUGGGCAGCAGUUAAGGAAAGGAAAGCCAAGAUGUUAAUGUGAAGCUACGGGGCAUACCAAACAAGCUGCUUGAGGCAGUGGAAUUUUCUGCAGCCUGGGACCUCUGUCUUACAUGGAGCACAGGGUCACCACGGGUCGAAGUCAACUUAAUGGCAACUGUAACUGUUUCUAAGUCCCAACCUCUUUGUCAGGCAAUUUGCCCUUCCAUCCAUCCACACUCUCCCUGCUCACUAACUACUGGUACUCCCCCUGCUGCCCGAGGCCAGCCUCUUUGGGAUGGUUGUGGCUCUCUUUUCCAAGGCCCCUUUCUGCAGACAGCUCCUCCUUAGCACCCCACCCUGGCCAUCUUCUCAGGCCCUCUGUACAGUAUCGCUGUGCGCUGCUGACACAGUGCCACACUUUCUGCUCUUCCCUUUGCCCAAGCAGGUCUGUCUGGUCGCACAGCUGCACUUACUUCCUUACAUCAAUAACCCAGAGGGAGCCUUGGCUGUCCACAGGCAUAGAUCUCACGACAUACGUCAGCAUUUCAAUGACACUACCAGUCAUUAAAUUCCCCCUAACAACAUAGUAAAUGGUUACUGGAAAAUGUAAAUGUCCCUUUUGUACUUCUCUGGAAAUGUCUGAAUAAACACGGUGUAGAGCACAUGGGCAGGGCACCAGACUCACCCAUUGACUGAGGGACCUGCCUCUGCCUGCCAGGCUCACAGUGACCAUCAAAUAUGGGCUCCAAAGGUGGUAAAUUAGAGUGUGUAAUUUUUUUUUUUACUAGUUGCCAUCAAAUCAAAUUGACUCUGAUUCAUGGUGACCCCCUGUUUGUCAGAGUAGAAUUAUGCUCCUUAGGUUUACUGGUGGCUGGUUUUUCAGAAGUAGAUAACCAAGUCUUUCUCCUGAGGCACCUCUGGGUGGACUCAAACUGCCAAACUUUCUGUUAAUAGCUGAGCUCAUUAACCAUUUGUAUCACCCAGGGACGUCAAUGUGUAAUGUACUUCUGGUUAAAUCCCAGAAUGCCAAGGUCUCCUAGAUCUUCAACCCAACUUAUAAUUGAGAAACACACACAUCUGGCUCCACAAGGCAGAAUGCCCACAUGCAUUUAUCUUCUCUCCCUCUGCAGCAAAAUUCCAGACCCUCAUCUUCCCAGUCUCCAUGCAGUUGGAGCGCAGGUCAGGGCUUGGUGGGCAGCCUCCCCGAGGUGCUGCAGGUGCCCGUGGGGGACUCCAUUCAGGUGCAUUGCCACUAUGGACUCCAGGAUGUCAAGGCUCGGAAGGUGUGGUGCCGGUUCCUGCUGGACAGCUGCCAGCCCCUGGUGUCCUCACCCGUGGAUCGCAGAGCCCCCGGAGACACGCGCACGUUUCUCACUGACCUUGGUGGAGGCCUGUUUCAGGUGGAAAUGAUCUCCCUGCGUGAGGAGGAUGCAGGGGAGUACGGCUGCGUGGUGGAGGGAGCCGCAGGAUCCCAGACAGUGUACCGCAUGGCUCUGGAAGUGAUCCCUCCAGCUCCUAGCCUGAAAGAAGAGAAAGCAGAGGAAACCUACGAGAUUGGCAGUCCCUUUGGUGAGCUCUCCUCAGAUCCCGUGGGCAGUGCCAGCCCUCUGGAACCCAGCCCAGAUGAGAAGAGCAUUCCAUUGAUCUGGGGCUCUGUGCUCUUGCUGGCCUUGCUGGUUGCGGCAGUGGUGCUGUUUGUUGUGAUGGCCAAAAGGAAAGGGAACAGGCUUGCAGCUUGUGGCGAAUCCCAGAGUAACAGAGUUCCAGCCAUGGGAACUUCCAGAAAUUCAAGCCAGAUCCAGAAGAGGACGUGGAACAAGGGAUGUCACUGCUGAUGUCAGAUGGAUCCUGGUUGAAAGCAGAGAAUACGAGAAAGAUGUUUACCUGUGUUUUAUUGACUAUGCAAAGGCAUUCAACUGGGUGGAUCAUAACAAAUUAUGAAUAAUAUUGAGAAGACCGGGAAUUCCAGAACACUUAAUUGUGCUCAUGAGGAGCCUGUACAUAGAUCAAGGGGCAGUUAUUCAAACAGAAGGGGAUACUGCACCGUUUAAAGUCGGGAAAGCUGUGCAUCAGGGUUGUAGCCUUUCACCAUAAUUAUCCAAUAUGUAUGCUGAGCAAAUAAUCCUAGAAGGUGGGCUAUAUGAAGGAUGGGGUCAUCAGGAAUGGAGGAAGGCUCAUUAACAACCUGCAUUAUGCAGAUGAUACAACUUUGAUUGCUGAAAGUGAAGAGGACUUGAAGUACUUACUGAUGAAGAUCAAAGACUUAAGUAUGGAUUACACCUCAACAUAAAGAAAACAAAAAUCCUCACAACUGGACCAAUAAGCAACAUUGUGAUAAACUGAGAAAAGGGUGAAAUUGUCAAGGAUUUCAUUUUACUUGGAUCCACAAUUAACACCCACGGAAGCAGCAGUCAAGAAAUCAAAUGACACAUUGCAUUGGGAAAAUCUGCUGCAAAGACUUUUUUUUUUUUUUUUAAUUUUUAUUGUGCUUUAAGUGAAAGCUUACAAAUCGUCGGACUCUCAAACAAAAAUGUAUAAACACCUUGCUAUAUACUCCUCAUUGCUCUCUCCAUAAUGAGACAGCAUAUUCCGUCCCUCCUCUAUUUCUUUUCGAGUACAUUGGGCCAGCUUCUGACCCUCUACCCUCUCAUCUCCCCUUCAGACAGGAGAUGCCAACAUAGUCUCAUGUGUCUACUUGAUCCAAGAAGUUCAUUCUUCACCAGUAUCACUGUCUAUCCCAUAGUCUAGUCCAAUCUCUGUCUGAAGAGUUAGCUUUAGGAAUGGUUCCUGUCUUGGGCUAACAGAAGGUCUGAGGACCAUGACCUCUGGGGUCAUUCUAGUCUCAGUCAGACCAUUAAGUCUGGCCUUUUUACAAGAAUUUGGGGUCUGCAUUCCACUGCUCUCCUGCUCCCUCAGGGGUUCUUUUGUUGUGUUCUCUGUCAGGGCAGUCAUCGGUUGUAGCUGGGCACCAUCUAGUUCUUCUGGUUUCAGGCUGAUGGAGUCUCUGGUUUACGUGGCUCUGUCUGUGUCUUGGGCUCAUGAUUACCCUGUGUCUUUGGUGUUCUUCAUUCUCCUUUGCUCCAGGUGGGUUGAGACCAACUGAUGCAUCUUAGAUGGCUGCUUGCUAGCGCUUCAGACCCCAGAUGCCAGUCUCCAAAGUGGGAUGCAGAAUGUUUUCUUAAUAGAUUUUAUUAUGCCAAUUGACUUAGAUGUCCCCGAAACCAUGGUCCCCAAACCCCCGCCCCUGCUAUGCUGGCCUUCAAAGUGUUCAGUUUAUUCAGGAAACUUGCUUUUAGUUUAGUCCAGUUGUGCUGACCUCACCUGUAUUGUGUGUUGUCUUUCCUUUCACCUAAAAUAGUUCUUAUCUAGGAAACCCUGGUGGCGUAGUGGUUAAGUGCUACGGCUGCUAACCAAAAGGUUGGCAGUUCGAAUCUGCCAGGAGCUCCUUGGAAACUCUAUGGAGCAGUUCUACUCUGUCCUAUAGGGUCGUUAUGAGUCAGAAGCGACUCGACGGCACUGGGUUUGGCUUUUUGGUUUGGUACUAUCUAAUUAGUGAAAAGCCCUCUCCCUCCCUCCCUCCCCACUCUGGUAACCAUCAAAAAAUAUUCUCUUCUCUGCUUAAGCUAUUUCUCAAGUUCUUAUAAUAGUGAUCUUAUACAAUAUUUGUCCUUACAAAAGACCUUUUUAAAGACGUUAUCUUGAAGAUCAAGGUGCGCCUGACCUAAGCCAUGGUGAUUUCAGUCACCUCAUAGGCAUGCGAAAGCUGGACAAUGGAUAAGGAAGACCGAAGAAUUGAUGCCUUUGAAUUAUGGUGUUGGUGAAGAAUGUUGAAUAUACCAUGGACUACCAGAAGAAUGAACAAAUCUGUCUUGGAAGAAUUACAGCCAGAAUGCUCCUUAGAAGCAACGAUGGUGAGAAAAUGUCUCACAGACUUUGGACAUGUUAUCAGGAGGGAUCAGUCCCGAGAGAAGGAUAUCAUGCUUGGUAAAGUAGAGGGUCAGCAAAAAAGAGGAAGACCCUCAAGGAGAUGGGCUGACACAGUGGCUGCAACAAUAGGCUCAAGCAUAACAAUUGUGAGGAUGGUGUAGGGCUGGACGGUGUUUCGUUCUGUUGUACACAGAACCAACUUGAAGGCACCUAACAACAACACAAAUUACCAGAAACACACACAAAACCAAGGCAAGAAAAUGUAGGCACCUGGUAAGAUGGCUGACCACCUCGAAGGAUGGUGCCGUAUCGGGGACUCAGACUGGGCAUUCAGCAGUGGCUGUAGCCAAGACGGCCUUGGUGAGUGGAAGUCCAUGUUGCUGAACCCAUGCAUAACCUCCAUCCCUGCCACCAUGGCCACUUUGUCCAUGAGCCCACUGAGCAACGACGGGAGUGGCUGGAGAGAGGAUGAUUGGUUUCCCCAGAAUUCGUCAUCCUACCUACUUGAUUUUUAAAAUCCUCCUCUGCUGAGGUCACCCUUUGGUGAGCAUUAACAUGGGACACAAAUAUCUUCACUUCUGUGGCCCAUUCAGAGAGGUCUAUCUACAUACCUCUUCCCCAUAUCUCCUUGUCUCCAAUUUUCCAAUCGUGUUCCUUCCAAGUUCCUUACCAUCUAGCCAAACCAUUGGCCACAGCCCAUGAAUCAGUAUACAAUCACACAUCUGGCCAUUUCUCCUUCCAAGCAAAGUGAACAAACAGGUGCACUGCUGGAAGUUAUGCCCAUUGGGAGGAUUUCCCUUCACCACUGUUCUUUGGGGAGGUCCCAGAAUGGGGCUGUAGUGCUGGUGCUGCCCACUUUUGAGUGGUGCCUGCAUAUCACGUAGAACCAUCUGUAAACCAGGCACGAGUUUUCUCUUCCUUGGUCAACUGAUCAUAAGCAACUCCCCAUGAGGCCAUAGGUGCAGACUGGGAGAUGGAAGGUAAUGUGACAGGAGUGGAGACCACAGGCAUUUGGGCCACUUCCUCAUGCAACUUAUGCCUUCAGGUCUUGCUUGGGCCUGAUCUCAUAUACCACUUGCAUUUAAUGUUGGAGCACCGCUGUGCAUGUCUAAGUUUAUAGCUCUGUCAGACAACACCCAGUUCAUGACAGAUAGCUCAGGCUGCAUGGUAACUUGGUGGCUUAUGGUUAAACGUUCAGUUUCUAUCUACUAAGGCCCAGUAAUAAGCCAAAAGCUGUUUCUCAAAAGGAAACCAGUUACCUGCAGAAGAUGGCAGGGCUUUGCCCCCAAAUCCUAAGAGUCUAUGCUAUGAUUCACCAAUAAAAAACCCAUUGCCAUUAAUUCCAACUCAUGGAGACUCUAUACGACAGAGUAGAACUGCCCCAUAGCGUUUCCAAGGAGUGCCUGAUGGAUUCGAACUGCCAACCUUUUGGUUAGCAACUGAACUCUUAACUGCUACGCCACCAGCAUUUCCUGAUUCACCCAGAGUCCUGCCAAAGACUCCAAACAGCAUCUCUAUCUGCCACUGAUACUUCAAGCACCAUUAGAUCAGCCAGAUCACAUGGCCCAAGUGGCACAGCAGCUUUCACACCAGCCUAAACUUGUUGCAAAGCCUUCUCUUGUGGGCCCCACUCAAAAGUAGCAGCUUUCUGAGUCACUUGAUAAAUAGGCUGGAGUAGCACACCCAAAUGAGGAAUAUGUUGCCUCCAAAAUCCAAAGAGGCCCACCAGGCAUUGUACCUCCUUUUUAGUUGUGCGAGGAGCCACAUGCAAUAACUUAUCCUUUACUUUAGAAGGAAUAUCUUGACAUGCCCCACUGGACCCCUAGAAAUUUCACUGAGGUGGAAAGCACCUGAAUUUUUGUCAGAUUAAUUUCCCAUCCUUUAGCAUGCAAAUGUUUUACCAAUAAGUCCAGAGUUAUUGACACUUCUUCCUUACUAGGUCCAGUCAGCAUAAUGUCAUCAAUGUAAUAGUGACAUCUUGUGAAAGGGAAGGGUGAUCAAGGUCCCUGCAAACUACAUUAUAACAUAUGGCGAGAGAGUUGAUAUAACCACGAGGAAGGCAACUGAAGGUGUAUUGCUGGCCUUGCCAGUUGAAGGCAAACUGGUUCUGGUGGUCCUUUGAGACAGGUAUGGAGAAAAAGUCAUUAGCCAGAUAAAAAGCUGCACCAGGAGAUGUAUUUACUCAAGCAGUAAAACCACAUCUGGAACGGCAGCUGCAACUGGAGUCACCACCUGGUUAAGUCUUUGAUAAUUCACUGUCAUUCUUCAAUAUCCAUCCGUUUUUCUGCACAGGCCAAAUAGGUGAGUUGAACAGGGAUAUGGUGGGAAUCACAAACCCUGCAUACUUCAAGUCCUUUAUGGUGGCUGUAAUCUCUGCAAUCCCUCCUAGGAAGUGGUAUUGCUUUUGGUUUACUAUUUCCUAAGUAGGGGCAGUUCUAAUGGCUUACACUCAAGUUUUUCCUACCAUAAUACGCCUUACUCCACUUGUCAGGGAUCCAAUGUGGGGGUUCCUCCAGUUGCUGAGUAUAUCUAUUCUAGUUAUGCAUUCUGGAACUGGGGAAAUCACUACAGGAUGGGUUCAGGGGCCCACUGGACCUACUGUGAGACGGACACAAGCUAAGACUUCAUUAAUAACCUGACACACCAUAUGCCCCCACUCUGACUGGUGGGCCACAGUGACAUUUUAGGUCUCCUGGAAUGAGUCUCAGCUCAGAGUCAGCAUCCAGUAAUCCCUUAAAAUUCUGAUUAUUUCCUUUUCCCCAAUAAACAGUCACUCUCAUAAAAGGCCACAGAUCCCUUCAGGGAAGGCUGGGAGAAAGAUUAGCAGUAAAAGUUUUUGGCAGUGUACUGGAGUCCUUUCUCAAGGGGACCUGGCCUCUCCUUCAUUCAAGGCCUGUAAACUCACUCAAGUCUGAGAAUUGAUUGAGGGACCAUGACUAUUCUGGCAAUUCAAGUUAGAAUUACUCUGCUUGUAAAGAUCAAAUAAAUAUUCAGUAGAUUUCCUAUUUCACUCCCAGGAUACCAUGACUUAGGCAGUCAAAUGCCAUAAGCCCAUAUGAGUCAGACUCUUUUGAUCAUUGCUUUGACUCCACUGUCCAUUACAAUAACUAUGCUCACCUUGUCUUUGUUGAUUGAGUGCCACCACUGGGCCCCCUACUACCACUGGGUCCAAUCAGCCCCACUGUACUUAGGUGUCUUAGGGCAGCUCCCAUUGUCAAAUAUGACUUACAUAAAAUAACAAUCACCCACCCAACCCAGUGCCGUGAAGUCGAUUUUGACUCAAAAUCAUAGCAGUCUUCAAAGUUGCUGGGGCUCCCUUCCCAAAUUCGUUCCUCACCAUUGUGGUAAAAGGUGUGUCCUCUGGACACUUCAUGUGUGGGUCUGUGGGUCUAAUCUGAUAAAUCCACUCUAGCAUGCCAAUCUCCCUAAGCCUUUUGAUACCUUAUCCUACAGUACACCAAGGCAGGCAUGGUACUUCAACUUGAUUUAGUGUAGGCCACAUGUAAUCCAUGCUUCAGCCACCCAAUUAAAUAAACUAUUAUAUCUGGUUCUAACUUCUCGAGCUGAAAAACUGAAUGAAGAAUCUGUGCUUAGCGGGCCCAUAUCAAUAAACUAAGACUGAUUGAUCUUUAUGUUCCUUGCACAUUAUACCACACCCUUCAUAGCCAUUCCCACACAUAUUCCCCAGGUUUCUGUUGUACACAUUAGAAAAGUCAAGCAGUUCUUUUGGCGUGUGGCAUACCUUCUCCUGGGUCACACUUUGUACUUUACCUUUUGGGGCUUGCUGGGACUUAAGUCGAGUAAUAGGUCUAGACGCCAAAAGGGGUGAUGGGGAUGUGUUUUAAGAACAUUCAGCAUUGUCUUGUAAGCACCUGCCUCAGGCAAUGACUCACACAAAGACUCUUUAGACACAGCUGGAUUAAUUUCAUUAGAUGGGGUGGAGGGGCUAAUGGUUUUAUUGGCAGGAGUGAUUCAAUGGAAUUUAGGGGCUCAGUGCUCCCACUUCCUGAUUAUGUGACCAUAUGUCCCCAUCCCAAGUUUCAGGAUCCCAUUUUUUCCCAAUUAAUGCUCUCAUUUUAACUUCAGACACCACUUGUGGUUGGGAAUUGAGUUGGUGUUGGAAUUCAGCCACUCUUACGGUAAGACUCUGGGUUUUGUUUUCAGCGACAUCAGCUGUUACUACAAGAAAAAAGGCUUUCUUUCAAGGCACAAGUGGAAACUUUGAGGUCGUUUAUGCAGUGCUUGAGCUUUGACUCUGAAGUCCUGAACUAAUCUGAAUCUCUUUCACCACUUUGUUUAGCGAAAGUAGGACCAACCAAGCAGCUUCCUUAUACUUCUCAUUAUGACAAAAUUGUAGAAAGAUAUCAAACGUAUUGUCACUCAGAGCCUUGCCUUUCACCAAUAUGUGACCUACUGGUUGUGAUAUUUUGUGUUAUUUCUGUUACCACCUCACCUCAUGGAUUAGUGGUGUCCUCUUUACUGCUGGAAGCAGAGUUGUCAACACCUUUAAGAUUGAACAGACUUGAGAAUCAAUUUAGAAAACUCGCCCUUAGAUUUUGUUUCUCUAGAACCACUCUUGGUAUCAGAUGUCUUAGGCUGGGUUGUCUAGAGAAGCAAAACCAGUGAAGCAUAUAAAUAAAUAAAUAAAUCUAUCUCUCAAAGAAAUGGCUCACAUGAUUGUAGAGGCUGGAAUAUCCCAAGUCUGUGGGUCAGAAUAGAGGCCUCUCUUGAUCCACACAGCCACAGAGGCUGGUGAAUCCAAGAUCAGCAGGUCAAAUGGCAGGGCUCCCUGCUCACAGGUUGCAAAGCCUGACUAAUCCCAAGACCAGCAGGCAAGCAGCCAGUUCAAGUCCCAAGAACUAGAGGUUAGAUGAACAGAAGCCAGCUGCAGGAUCCAGAGUGAGCAAAAGCAAAAGCCUGUGAGUCUUGCCAGAGUGUCCACUUACACGUGAUGCAGGCUACACCCCCAAGGAAACUCCCUGACAACUGAUUAACCAGUCACAGCAGAUCCUGUCAUAGAGGUGAUCACAUUAUAUCGAACCUCAUCAUGGAAGGGAUCACAUCAUCAUACAACUGCCGAACCACUGAGAAUCAUGGUCCAGCCGAGUUGACACACAACCUUAACGAUCACACUCACCUAUUAUACGUAACUCUGGACUGUAGUUUCAUACAUACUUAGUACAAAAAGAUUUUAAAAGGCUGAAAAUAAAAAGAUGGGCCAAAGAAUAUCGAAAAUUGCUUCAUAUCAGAACUUUUGGAGUUCAGCUAAAAAAAUGCUCAGAGGAAAAUUCAUACCCUUAACAACAAAAAUUAAGCAUCUCACUCAAAUGUCUAAGAAGAAAAAUGGUAGAACUGGUAAUUAAAAGAGUUCAUUCUUUGAAAUGAAACAAAAAAACUGUUAGAUAACUUAAUGAAGUAAUAAAUAACAAGGGGAAAUAACCACGAAUAUAAAAGACACUGAAAAUAAUCAUGAAUGUUUAUGUUCUAGGACAGGGCCUGGGGUGGCAAGGA